GAAGGAGAUAAAAGUUCCGUUUAUUUUAGUGAACAGCUAUUUUGAACUAGUUCGUUUCCGGAACGACGCAGCUCUAGCCAACUUUUCCCGCUUAAACAUGAACAGUGAUAAAAUAAAAAAGAUGAGAAUUCCCAAGGAGGUUCAUCAGAUAGAAAAUUCCAAAAAAGAUCAUGGCAUUAGCUGCAAAAUUUUGAGCGAUAACAAUAUUGAGGCCUUGGUGCCUGGUCCAAAAGCUUCGCCUUAUGAAGAGGGCAUUUUCAAGAUCUCUAUAUCAUUCGGUGAGCAGUACCCAUUUCGACCACCAACUUUUAAAUUUAUUACACCUGUCUACCACCCAAACAUUGAUAGUUCUGGUAAGAUUUGCCUGGAUUUAUUGCGAAUGCCUCCUAACGGUUCUUAUAACCCUGCGAUUACAUUGGAAUCAAUUCUGUUAUCUAUUCAGUUAUUACUGGCAAAUCCGAACCCCGAUGAUCCAUUACAAGGUGAUGCUGCAGAUUUGUACAAAAAUAAUAGGAAGCUGUUCAACGAAGAAGCAAAGAAGUUUGUUGCAAAGAACUGCAAAUUUACAGUGGAGGAUGAUAAUUUUGAAACUGAAAUCGAAAUUGAUAAAAAGCGACUUAAACUAAGUUGUGAAGCCACACAAAAAUAAAUAUUUUCAAUUAAAUAAAACUGAUAAAUUAAUUA